AUGGAUGACCUCGCACAACUCCUGGAGUCCAAGUUAGACCAACGACUUCGUUCACACAUCACAAAAAUCAACCUGACAUCAAUCUCCCGCAUCCCCGCGAGCAGAAUAAAAAAGACAGCCCUACCCAACAUUGGUUCGAUCGAGCUCGUUUCAAGCGAGGCCUUUGCAACAUCCUACGACGAGCUCUACAGAUCGAACUUCCAUGGCGGCGAACGCGAACGUUCAGACUUGAUCGUGACUCGUUUGCAGGACGAUGCCAAUGGUUUGAGAGAGGAUCUCGCGCCUUACCGCAUCAUUGGGAUCCGAGAUCCAGCCGGUCGUGUCGCUGGAGGUGCUCAGUUCUCGGUUCUGUUUCUGAAAGAUGGGAGGCAUGCUGUUCCGUAUUUGCAGUAUGUCUAUGUUCGACCUGAGAAUCGUCGACAGGAUUUGAGCGAGCUUAUGCAUACGUUGACUUUGGCUGUUGCUAUGGCGGAUGCUGCGAAAAGGAGAGGGAAUGAAGACAUCGCGGUGCCUUUCACGCUCUUCGAGACGGAGCCUCCUGUUCAUGGCUCCAGCGCCGACAAGCGGGCAACGGCGGCCGAGAGGACGAAGAUCCAUUCGAAAAGCGGCAGCGUGGCUCUCAUGCUUCGUCGAAUCGCUGACCAUCGCAUCCUGAGUGCACAUGUACAGUCAGGUCUGGAAAUAGGGGAGCCGCCGCUCACGUAUGUCUGGGCGCUUCGUGGGAAUCCAGGCGUUGCUUUAGAGCUGCGAGACGACCAGAUGGGAAAGGCAUUGGUCGCGGCGUACUAUCAGAGUUUGAGGGACGAGGGUUUCCCUGAGGAGAAUAUUGCGCUUGCGGAGAGGAUGGUUGAGGCUAGGUAUAGGGGUAGUGAGUUCUGUCUUAUGCCGUUGGGAGAUGUGACGAAGGAGAUGUAUGUAGAUAUAGAUGAGAGUGAAUCUGGAAUGGGUGGUAAGACUUGA